GCUGCCUCAAGGCCUGACUCUGCUUCUCUGGCCCAGGACACCAAGUCAGUGGCUGAUGUGGAAGUGUGGGGUACCUUGUUCCCUGUCCUCCGGGAUGAGACCAGCCUGCCAAAUGAUCUGCAGGCGCUGAGGACCUGGUUCCAGAGCAUGACACUCUUGGAGGCUUGCAGGAAAGCUGCCGACUCCGUUCUGAUGCCCAAGGCGCUGCUGGAGUUCAAGUCCUACCUCCAGAAACAGCCUCCACCCUGCCUGGCUGUGGAGAGAGCCACCACUAAUGAGCCUGAGGAGGAAGAAGAUUCUGAGCAUGCCCUGACGGAGGAGGAAAUCACAGCUGCUGCGGAUGCCUGGGCCCGCGGUGCUGCGGCACUGCCCAAGCCCUGGAAGCAGCAGAAACCUGUGCUGCCCGUGGAGGGCAUGAGGAAUGUCCUGAUCACCAGCGCUCUGCCCUACGUGAACAACGUGCCCCACCUUGGCAACAUCAUUGGCUGCGUUCUCAGUGCUGACACCUUUGCCAGGUACUGCCGCCUGCGGAACUGGAACACGCUCUAUGUGUGUGGCACAGAUGAGUAUGGCACAGCCACUGAGACCAAGGCGAUGGAAGAGGGUCUGACGCCCCAGGAGAUCUGCAACAAGUACAACGCCAUCCACGCUGACAUCUACCGCUGGUUUGACAUCUCCUUCGACUACUUCGGCCGCACCACCACGCCGCAGCAGACCAUGAUUGCCCAGGACAUCUUCCAGCGCCUGCUGGCCCGUGGUUUCCUGCUGCAAGACACGGUGGAGCAGCUGUGCUGUGAGGGCUGCCAGCGGUUCCUGGCCGACCGCUUUGUGGAGGGCACGUGCCCCUUCUGCAGCUACGAGGAGGCCCGGGGGGACCAAUGUGAUAAAUGUGGCAAACUCAUCAAUGCUGUGGAGCUGAAGAAUCCGCAGUGCAAGCUCUGCAGGGGCGUCCCUGUGGUGAAACCCACCCAGCACCUCUUCCUGGACCUGCCCAAGCUGGAGGAGCGGCUGGAGCCCUGGCUGGAGCAGUCCUGGGCCACGGGAGACUGGACAGCCAACGCUCGCUACAUCACUCGCUCCUGGAUCCGGGAUGGGCUCAAACCCCGCUGCAUCACCCGCGACCUGAAGUGGGGCACGCCUGUGCCCCUUGAUGGCUUCCGCGACAAGGUUUUUUAUGUGUGGUUUGAUGCUCCCAUUGGCUACUUGUCCAUUACGGCCAACUACACCGACCAGUGGGAGAGGUGGUGGAAGAACCCACAGCAGGUUGAACUCUACAACUUCAUGGCCAAGGACAACGUCCCAUUCCACAGCGUCAUAUUCCCCUGCUCGCUCCUGGGCGCUGAUGACAACUACACCCUGGUGAACCACCUCAUUGCUACAGAGUACCUGAACUAUGAGGAUGGGAAGUUUUCCAAGAGCCGGGGCGUGGGAGUAUUUGGGGACAUGGCCAAGGAGACGGGCAUCCCUGCGGACAUCUGGCGCUUCUACCUGCUGUACCUGCGGCCUGAAGGGCAGGACACUGCAUUCUCCUGGAGCGACCUCAUGCUGAAGAACAACUCGGAGCUGCUGAACAACCUGGGCAACUUCAUCAACAGAGCGGGCAUGUUCGUGUGCAAGUUCUUUGGUGGCAUUGUCCCCGACAUGGUCCUGACCCAGGAUGACAAGCGGCUCUUGGCCCGUGUCACCUUGGAGCUGUGCCAGUACCACCAGCUGCUGGAGAAGGUCCGCAUCCGCGAUGCCCUGAGGUGUAUCCUUAGCAUCUCUCGCCACGGCAAUCAGUACAUCCAGGUGAACGAGCCCUGGAAGCGGAUCAAGGGGGAUGAAACGGACAGGCAGCGUGCAGGCACCGUCACCGGCGUGGCAGUGAACAUGGCUUCCAUGCUGGCCGUCCUGUUACAGCCCUACAUGCCCAGCGUCAGCUUGGCCAUCCAGGGGCAGCUCUGCAUCCCCCCCGACUGCUUCGUCCUCAGCCACUGCUUCACCUGCACCCUGCCCCCUGGGCAUCGCGUGGGCACCGUGAGCCCCCUUUUCCAGAAGCUGGAGAACAGCCAGAUUGAAGCCCUGCGCAAACGUUUCGGGGGAGGGCAGCCUGAAGACCUUGCUGUAGAGCCCCAGGCCAAAGAGCCCCCUCCAGCCAAAGAGCACCCUCCCACCCCAGCAACCCGUGUGGCUCCAGGUGACCCCCAGCUGAUCCAGGAG